AUUACUUUAGGAAUCCAUUUACUAAUCAAACUCGACAACUCUUCUAUUGAGAGAGAGAUCAAUAAAGUGAGAAAAAAUGGAAUUCAUCCAAUUUUCUCAAGUUGCUAGCCUGUUAGGCAUGGUCACCAUUUUCUCUUUGUUAUGCAAAAUUUUAUAUUCUUGGUGGAUUCUGCCUAAGCUGACAUAUCGGAAGCUAAAGGCAAAUGGGUUUGAAGGACCAACACCAACUUUUCCUCUUGGAAAUAUUAAUGACGUGAAGAAGGAGCUAAUGAAGAUAGCUUCUGCUACUUCUUCCUCUGCUCUUUCUUCUUUAAGCAGUAUUAGUCACAAUAUUCAUUCGUUGGCAUUUCCUUACUUCGCUAGGUGGCAGAAAUUGCAUGGAAAAGUAUUUAUAUACUGGCUUGGAACAGAACCAUUUCUCUACAUUGCGGACCCUGAAUUCAUCAAGAAAAUGUCAGCGGGAGUAAUGGGGAAAAGUUGGGGAAAACCAACAGUGUUUAAGAGGGAUAGAAAGGCCAUGUUUGGAAAAGGACUUAUUAUGGUUGAAGGAGAUGAAUGGGUCAGACAUAGACAUGUUAUUACUCCUGCUUUUACCACAGCCAACGUGAAGGGCAUGGUAAGUUUAAUGGCGGAUUCCGCCACACAUAUGCUAGACCGGUGGGCUGCACUCGUCAACUCCGGGAACCCAGAAAUCGAUGCCGAGUCUGAAAUCAUAAGUACCGCUGGAGAAAUAAUUGCAAGGACAGGCUUUGGCAUCAGCUACGAAAAUGGAGAAAAAGUUUUUGAAAAAUUAAGAAGCAUGCAAGUCACACUAUUCAAGUCUACACGUUAUGUCGGGGUACCAUACGGUAACCAAAUCAUGUGUCCUAAAGAGACCAUGAAAGCCAAUAAUCUAGGCAAGGAGAUCGAUUUGCUACUAAUGUCCAUCAUUGAAAAUCGAAAAAAGAUGAACAAAGAUGUUGAUCGUGCAGAGCACAAUCUUUUGAGCCUUUUGCUGGCUGGUAAUGGGAGGACAUUGAGCACGAGGGAAAUGGUGGAUGAGUGUAAAACGUUUUUCUUUGGAGGACAUGAGACCACUGCGCUUGCACUCACGUGGACUUUGUUGCUGCUGGCACAGCAUCCACAGUGGCAAACUCAGCUCAGAGAGGAAAUCAAACAAGUGAUGAGUGAUGGUGAAAUAGAUCCCACUAAGCUUGCUAGUCUAAGGAAGAUGGGAUGGGUGAUGAAUGAAGUAUUAAGACUAUACUCUCCAGCACCAAAUGUACAAAGGCAAGCUAGAGAAGACAUUAAAGUGGAUGACCUAGUCAUUCCUAAAGGAACAAAUAUGUGGAUUGAUGUGGUGUCCAUGCAUCACGACAAGCAAUUUUGGGGUGAAGAUGCGGAUGAAUUCAAACCAGAAAGGUUUAAGGAUGACAUACAUGGUGGAUGCAAACACAAAAUGGGAUAUUUGCCCUUUGGUUUUGGAGGGAGAAUGUGCAUUGGUAGGAACUUGACUAUGAUGGAGUACAAGAUUGUCUUGUCAUUAAUCUUGACAAGGUUCUCCUUUUCCAUUUCACCUAACUAUAGACACUGUCCCUCUAUCAUGCUCUCUCUUAGGCCCUCCAAAGGAUUGCCUUUAAUACUCCAAUCACUCUAAAUUGGCAACGUAGAAUAAUGUUCCUCCUCAACGUUGUAAGGAACACUAGUACCUAGUUACGCUCUGAGAGGCAGCUAAAUCUGUCUGAAUUUUGUUUUUGUCCUCUGCUUUUUCCGCUUGGUUUUUUUCUUUUUGGGCAAAGAAUAUAAGUUUGGGCAGUUAAAAAACUCAGCGUAAUAAAUAAAUGAUUGUGC